CGCAAUAGCAAAUCCUCCCUAACAUUUUUGUGAUUCCUUGCGACCGUUGGUCCUGACUACUUCUUCUCGCUACUAGGGCUUCCUGUGUGAUAGUACUUGACGUCUGGUGCAACCUCCCACUCCCCACGCGCACAACCCACUCAUUAUACCCCGCUUCACCUCUACCAGAAAGAGAGAGAGUAAUACACUCUCGAGCUUCACUCAAACGUCUACCGGUCUCAAUCCCAUCCCCACCCUCGAAAUUUAAAAUGCCCGGCUCCGUCGACCAAGAAAACGACCAGUCCAUGAUGGACGCCGCCUUGGAGCAACAGCACGAGCAGGAAGACGUCCUCGAGUUGGAAGAUAAGCGCAUUGUCGUCUUACCCGGAGCCACCGAAACCGCCGCAUCAUUCCAGUUCGAUGGAGAGGGACACACCCUGGGUAAUGCGCUACGAUACGCGAUCAUGAAGAACCCCCAAGUUGAAUUCUGCGGUUAUACCAUCCCCCACCCUUCAGAGACGAAGAUGAACCUGAGAAUCCAGACUUAUGAUACGACAACGGCCGUCGAAGCCCUGGAGAAGGGUCUGGAUACCCUGAUGGACCUGUGCGAUGUCGUCACGGACAAGUUCACCGUUGCGCGCGAUGAGUUCAAUGCGUCCAAGGUCGAUCGGAUGGAGUCGUAGAUCCGUCCUUUUUGUUGUUUUCCCUGUAAAUCUUUUGGGAUGAGUUGGUCUUUCAUCUUGGCGUUGUAUUUAGAGAAAAGUUUUCACGAUUUCGGUUGUCAUAAUGACCCCAACAUUUUCUACAUGAUUGAGCUUUUUCCUCUGUGUGUGGGUGUGUGUGUGCAUUGAGCGGUGUGUUUUCUCGGUUGGGAGGGAGAUAGUACCUAUUUUUACUAUGAGUGGGCUCGGGGGUACUUGAGGUUAAGU